CGUUUUUUCCUUCUAACACUAUGACCCUUCACAAUUCACAUUCAUCACCCACACCCACCUCAACGUACUACUUUCCUUCUUUCUCACUCCAAACAGACGGAGAAAGAAACUCCCGUUGCUCUAUCUAUAAAACCAGAUUCACCCACCUCAGAAACUCUCCAGAAAUCCACUUGAGAGAACAACGAAAGGAGAAAGCUUGCAUGAGUUCUACAGGCUUAAAAAUGGCGGCGACAUCUGAUCACCCAGACGAGACGCAGAGCUCAACACCUAAACUUGCUCUGUUUUCAUUUCCGGAAUCAAAAGACGAGUCUCCGUCCCCGAUUUACACCAGUCUUAGAGUUUCUAUCCCAUUUCAGUGGGAGGAAGCUCCGGGGAAGCCCAGAGUGCUGUUUAACGUCGACGAGGAGUCGGAGAAGAAGAACGGAGAGUGUCAGCAACUCGAGCUGCCGCCGAGGUUGAACAUGCCGUCUCCGACGACUGUGCUCGACGGUCCUUACAUCCGCCGGUCUAUGUCGUUGAGGAAAGGGGAGAGUUGGGGGAAGAAGGUGAUGAGCUUAGAUUAUAAGGGUACUAGUGUUCUGUUCGGGUCAACGAGGUGGGGGAAUGGUUUGACCAAAAACACAGAGGUUAUCGGAGACGGCUUUGACUUUUUGACUUCCGACGUCUAUGGCGGUGACGGCGAUGACGGAGGGAUGACGGAUGUGAAGAUCACGAGAAUGAGGAGAAGAGGGAGCUUCUUUGGUCUGUCAUACGGAAGGUCAAAUAUUUUGAGAAGCAUUUAUGAAGGCAUUAAGCAGGUGGUCCCUAAGAGCAGCCGUCGGCAAGAAAAGAUGAGGAAGAUGAACUCCUCAAGCGUCCCUUCUCUUUGAUCAAAUUUACUGUAAUAAUUUCAUUCAAUUUUCUUCAUAUAAAUUAAGCUUCUGUAUAUAUAAAUAUAUAUAUAUAUAGAGAGAGAAUUAUGUUAUGGUAUGCUAUUUAUUUCC